AUGACAGACUCAGCAGCACCAUCAAACUCGUCCGCCCCACCCAAGAAGGGCAAGCAAAAUCGGCCGUCACCCGAGGAGAUCGAGGCCAAGCGUCGCGAGCGUGCAGCCAAGAAGGAGAAGGAAGCAGCCGAAAAGGCAGCGAAGGAAGCCGAGCUCGCUGCCGCCAUCGCUGCCAACGGCAAGAUUCCCAAUGGCCACCUCGAUGACCAGGGCAAUACGCUUUUCAUCCCUCGCGACUGGGCCUCCGUUGCCUCGACCGAUGCCGCCUCGCAACGCCAGAAGGUCCGCGUUGUAAGCUGGAACAUCCUUGCCCAAGGUUUGGUCCGACGAACGCUCUUCCCCGGCUCCGACGCCCUCAAGUUCAAAGACCGCUCUGUUGGAUUGACGGCAGAGCUCUCGAGCCGCACGGGGCACGGCUGGGACGUCGGCUGCUUCCAGGAGGUUGAUCGAAUGGACGUACACGGCGAGACGAUGCGCAAGGACGGUUUCAGCUACGUGUACGAGAAAGGGUACAGGCAGAAGCAGCACGGUCUGCUCGUGGCGUGGCGCAAAGAUCUGUUCGGCGAAACAGCAUCCAAGCAGCUGACAAUCGAUUUGGACGCCGAGAACGUCGCGCCAGCGGGUGAAGAGGUGAGGACUGCCUGCUCGAGAGUCACACGGAACGUCGGGCUGGUCGUCGCUCUCCGUCUGCAAAGUAAGGAUGGGGAAGGUGCGUCAAGUCCAGGGCUGAUCGUCGGCACGACCCACCUUUUCUGGCACCCGAUGCAUGCGUACGAACGAGCAAGGCAGUCCGGGAUCCUGGUGCGCAGGCUGCAAGAGUUCAGAGAGGAGCUUGGGGAGGAGUGGAAAGCCGCACCUUGUGUGCUGGCGGGCGACUUCAAUGACCAGCCUCACUCGGCGACGUAUCACCUGCUGACGGGUCGCAAGCUCACCCAGCACUGCUUUGACGAGGUGGCAUCGUCGAGUGUGGUGCACAAGAGCAUCGACGAGCGCCGCGAGAAGGGAGGUGGGUCCAACGGAUUUGCGCCGGGAACGACGGAGCCAGCUCGCGAUGCGCCUGCCAACAAGGGCCAACCUGCAAUGAGCGAGGUGUUUGACGGUCUGGCCAAGCAGGCACAGCUGGAAGGGAACGAGGAGCCGGCGGACGAGGAAGAGGACGCGGAGGAGCCGGAAGACGAAGAGGGCGAGGGGGAAGAAGGUGCGGAUGAUCGGAUGCUCAAGAACUGCCGUGCUGCUACGGCAGAGGACGCCCUGCUAUCUAUCGACGAGCUGAUCCAGCUGCACGACGUUUCACGGCCACGCCCCAGCUCAUCCUCUGCUCAGUCCACCGAGACCCGACCAGAGGCCUCAAGAUCAGACCACCUGGGCUCAGCCUACGCCCUCCACUACGGCCACAUCCCGUCCGAAGACGGCAACUACUUCGGCUCGGCCGCUCGAGGCCGCGAACGAUGGGACGACGAAGCCUGGACGCCCGAAACGCCCAAUGUCCACACGGGCGACAGCACCGAGCCCAUGUGGACCAUCUUUUCGAGCCUCUUUUCUCUCACGCUCGACUACAUCUUUAUGCUGCCCAAGAGCGAAGGGCGGUAUCCAUCAGUCACGCGGCUGCUUCGCACACACCGCACAGAGACACUCCAACCAGGCGUGCCGAGGAAGGGCGUCUGCGCUUCGGAUCACGUUGCUAUCGGCGCCGAGAUCGAGCUAUGA